AUGUUCCAAAAUCAUGUUAUUUUAGUUGCUCUGAUCUUAUUGCCAACACUAACUACAUGUCUCGUCGAGGAAAAAUGGAAUCCUAUUAAGUGGUUUCGUCCUGUAUCAAUGGUACAGGUGGAGAAUCGAAUAGAAGGAGGUGCGGAAUUGAGAGUUCAUUGCAAAUCGAAAGACGAUGACCUUGGUGUCCGUACAUUGAAGACACGUGAAUACUUCGUUUUUAAGUUUCGUGCAAACAUAUGGGGAACUACUUUGUUCUACUGCUCGAUGGACUGGGGAGAGGGAAAACUUCAUUGGUUUGAUAUUUACACAUAUGAGAGGGAUUACAGACGUUGCCGCCAUUGCGUAUGGAUUGUCAAGAAGAAUGGUCCGUGUUUAUAUGAUAUAGGCUCUGGUAAUUUUGAUUUUUGUUAUAAGUGGAACCAAUAG